AAGAGAAAAGGACUUAUUAGUUUUGUGAUUCCACGUCAUUGAAAAACGAAGUGAAAAUAUUUUUAAGUUUCAUUUCCUUGAACAUAUUUUAUUUCCUGGAUGAAACGGAUUCGAAAUUAGUUUUUCCUAAUGUGCUAACCGUGAAUUGCUCAUUGAAAACUAUUAAGUUGUAACUUAAGUCAUCCUUUGAAUGUUUUGUUUGGUGGGCUUGAUUAUGAGAUGCAAUCUAUAGCUAGACGUCGUGUUGCACCAUCGGAAGGAAACGAGACAUUUUCUGGGGUAAAAAUCGGAGAAACUCACACCGAUAUAAAUUCAAUUGAAGCAAAGGAAGAAUUUGAAGAAAAGGCCAAAUAUCCAGCCGCAUCUGGAACAAGUUGGUUGCCUUUGAUUCCACAAAAAUUUUUAUCGAAUAUUAUCAACUCCACGAGCGGGCCAGAACCUAAUCAGCAUUCGAUUGCAAAAGCGAAUAGUGGUCCUUGUUUUCAAGAGGAGUACGAGGAGAACGAACCUGAAUUCAUAAUGACGGCUCGCGAUAGAUCGACGGAGUUUACAAACGCUAUACGGUCAUUGCAAGGAAGAAACAUCCAACGGGCUGCCAAUGUCCGAGAUCCACGCAAAGCUAAACAGCUACAAAGCUACUCGGAGUUUAUGAUGAUUGCUAAGCAUAUCGGGAAAAACAUCGCCAGUACAUACACGAAGCUUGAGAAGUUGACUUUGCUGGCGAAGCGAAAAACACUUUUUGAUGAUAGACCAGCGGAGGUUCAGGAGCUAACCUACAUCAUCAAGGGUGAUUUGAAUUCUUUAAAUCAACAAAUUGCUAGACUCCAGGAGGUUUCUAAGUCCCAACGGAAGUCGACUAGCGGAAAGCAUUUGCUAUCACAUUCCUCAAAUAUGGUUGUUGCCUUACAGGCCAAGUUGGCUAACAUGAGUUCAGAUUUCAAGCAGGUACUGGAAGUGCGCACUGAAAAUCUCAAACAGCAAAAAUCGCGCCGCGAUCAGUUCAGUCAAGGGCCAAUUUCGAGCAGUUUACCCCCAUCGACAAUGCGCGGAUCAACGCAGAGCAGCCUAUUGCUGCAGGAGCAACAAGAACAGACCAGUAUUGACAUGAAUGGUGCAUCAGAACGAGUACCGCUACUUCAACAGCAACAUCAGCUGGUUUUGUAUGAUGAAUCCGACAGUUAUGUGCAGGAACGUGCCGAAACGAUGCAGAAUAUCGAAAGCACUAUCGUGGAACUAGGCGGCAUCUUUCAACAGCUAGCCCACAUGGUCAAAGAGCAGGAAGAGAUGGUGGAACGCAUUGACACAAACUUGCAGGAUGUGGAGCUAAAUGUCGAGGCAGCGCAUGGAGAAAUUUUAAAAUACUUCCAGUCGGUGACGAAGAACCGUUGGUUAAUGAUAAAGAUAUUUGGUAUAUUGAUACUGUUCUUCAUCUUUUUUGUGGUGUUUUUAGCAUAAUUUUUCCUUGGUCAUACCUUCCGAUCAGACUCGUUGUAUCUAGGGAACAAGAAAUAUGACAACCGAAUUGUUAGUUAAAUGCACUGCUGUUGGUUACGUUGAUGUAUAUAUUUAAAUUAGUUUAUCCCACAUAAAUAUUCACUAUU